GGCGACGGGUGGUGUCUGCGGCUUCCCUGGCGAGUCCUAGGUGGGAGUGUCUCUGCCCCCGAGGGGCGCCCAGUGCGAAAUCGGCUGAUCUGGAAAUGUGCGGAAGGGACCGGCGGAACCCACGCAGCGAGCGACCCGUUCCUCAGUUCUGCUUUCUCAGCGGGGGAAGCCCUGCCUUGCUUCCCAUCUGGAAGGGCAGUUUGCAUCACCGCGCAUGGGUUUGCUGCUUGCUUUCUUUGGCUGCCAGGAGCUCAUGGAUGGCCUGAAUCAGCCGCAGCACGCAAAAAGAGACGCUUGGACUAAUGGCGGAUGAAUAAGCAAACAUGGCCACCAUGGUUCCACCAGUGAAACUGAAAUGGCUUGAACACUUAAACAGCUCUUGGAUCACGGAAGAUAGUGAAUCCAUUGCCACUAGAGAGGGAGUUGCAGUCUUGUAUGCUAAAUUAGUCAGUAAUAAAGAAGUUGUACCAUUGCCUCAACAAGUUCUCUGUCUCAAAGGGCCCCAGCUGCCAGAUUUUGAGCGUGAGUCCUUAUCAAGUGAUGAGCAGGACCACUACCUGGAUGCCCUUCUUAGCAGCCAGCUGGCUCUGGCUAAGAUGGUUUGCUCAGACUCUCCAUUCGCUGGAGCACUUCGCAAACGUUUGCUUGUGCUACAGAGGAUUUUUUACGCACUUUCUAAUAAAUACCAUGAUAAAGGCAAAGUGAAGCAGCAGCAACAUUCUCCAGAAAGCAGUUCUGGGUCAACAGACAUCCAUUCCGUCAGCGAGCGGCCAAGGUCGAGCACAGAUGCGCUUAUAGAAAUGGGGGUCCGGACGGGACUGAGCUUGCUGUUUGCAUUGCUGCGGCAAAGCUGGAUGAUGCCUACUUCAGGAACUGGGCUUAGCCUUUGCAAUGAUGUCAUUCACACGGCAAUAGAGGUCGUGAGCUCCUUGCCACCUCUGUCUCUAGCCAAUGAAAGCAAAAUCCCUCCCAUGGGACUGGACUGCCUGUCUCAGGUAACCACAUUUCUCAAAGGAGUAACGAUUCCCAACUCCGGAGCAGAUACGCUUGGACGAAGGCUAGCUUCUGAGCUGCUGCUUGGGCUGGCUGCUCAGCGGGGCUCGCUGCGAUACCUCCUAGAAUGGAUUGAGAUGGCACUAAGCGCUUCAGCCAUGGUCAACUCAAUGGAGAAAAACAAAAUGCUGCAAACUCAAGAGGGGAUGAUCAGUUUUGAUUGUUUCAUGAAUAUAUUGAUGCAAAUGAGGCGAUCAUUGGGAUCGUCUGCUGAUCGAAGCCAAUGGAGGGAACCAACAAGGACAUCUGACGGCUUGUGCUCUCUUUAUGAGGCAGCUUUGUGGUUAUUUGAGGAGGUUUGUCGAAUGGCCUCCGACUACUCCAGGACAUGUGCAAGUCCGGACAGCAUCCAGACGGGGGAUGCCCCUCUUGUUUCUGAGACGUGUGAAGCGUAUGUUUGGGGUAGCAACAGCAGCCACCAACUUGUGGAAGGGACACAGGAGAAAAUCCUUCAGCCCAAGCUGGCCCCAAGCUUUUCUGAUGCUCAGACAAUUGAAGCUGGCCAGUACUGUACCUUCGUAAUAUCUACAGAUGGCUCCGUUCGUGCUUGUGGGAAAAACAGCUAUGGCAGGCUAGGGCUGGGCGAUUCCAACAAUCAGUCCACUCUGAAAAAGCUGACGUUUGAGCCUCACAGAUCCAUCAAGAAGGUGUCGUCUUCAAAAGGCUCUGAUGGCCACACGCUGGCGUUUACAACGGAAGGAGAGGUCUUCAGCUGGGGUGACGGAGACUAUGGGAAACUGGGUCAUGGAAAUAGCACCACACAGAAAUACCCAAAAGUUAUCCAGGGCCCCUUGCAAGGAAAGGUGGUGGUGUGCGUAUCAGCUGGAUACCGUCACAGCGCUGCUGUGACAGAAGAUGGUGAACUGUAUACUUGGGGAGAAGGAGAUUUUGGUAGACUAGGUCACGGUGAUAGCAACAGCCGUAACAUUCCAACUUUAGUAAAAGAUAUUAGCAAUGUUGGAGAGGUUUCCUGUGGCAGCUCGCAUACCAUAGCUUUAUCCAAAGAUGGGCGAACCGUUUGGUCAUUUGGAGGAGGAGAUAAUGGCAAACUUGGCCAUGGUGACACCAACAGAGUAUAUAAACCCAAAGUUAUAGAAGCCCUACAGGGAAUGUUCAUACGGAAAGUUUGUGCUGGAAGCCAGUCAUCACUGGCUCUAACGUCAACAGGGCAGGUCUAUGCCUGGGGCUGUGGGGCAUGCCUGGGAUGCGGUUCCUCAGAAGCCACCGCUCUCCGGCCAAAACUAACCGAAGAGUUGGCUGCGACUCGGAUAGUGGACAUUUCCAUUGGGGACAGCCACUGCUUGGCGCUUUCCCACGAUAAUGAAGUUUAUGCUUGGGGUAACAAUUCCAUGGGACAGUGUGGGCAGGGGAAUGCCACGGGUCCCAUUACUAAACCAAAGAAAGUGAGUGGCUUGGAUGGAGUUGCAAUUCAGCAGAUUUCAGCUGGAACAUCCCAUAGUCUUGCCUGGACAGCCCUUCCCAGAGACAGACAAGUAGUUGCCUGGCACAGACCUUACUGUGUGGAUCUUGAAGAAAGCACCUUUUCCCAUCUCCGCUCAUUUCUCGAGCAGUACUGCGACAAAAUUAAUAGUGAGAUUCCUCCUCUUCCUUUCCCCUCCUCAAGAGAGCAUCGCAAUUUCCUGAAGUUGUGCCUGAAGUUACUCUCUAACCACCUUGCUCUCGCGUUGGCUGGUGGAGUAGCUACAAGCAUUCUUGGGAGGCAAGCUGGUCCCCUUCGGAAUUUAUUGUUUCGAUUGAUGGACUCUUCUGUCCCAGAUGAAAUACAAGAAGUUGUGAUUGAGACUCUGUCAGUUGGUGCAACCAUGCUGCUGCCGCCUUUGAGAGAGAGAAUGGAGUUGCUGCACUCGCUUCUCCCCCAAGGUCCAGACAGAUGGGAGAGCUUAUCAAAAGGGCAGAGAAUGCAGCUGGAUAUUAUCCUGACGAGUCUGCAGGACCAUACUCAUGUAGCCUCCUUGCUCGGGUACAGCUCACCAUCUGACACCACGGAUAUUUCCUCUCUCUGUAUUGCCUAUGGAAAUAUUUCCGAUCCAGCAUACGGUGCCCAGAGUAACCAUCCAGACACUCAUCUGGCUGAAAUUCUAAUGAAGACACUUCUGCGUAAUUUGGGGUUUUAUACUGAUCAGGCCUUUGGAGAGCUGGAAAAGAAUAGUGACAAGUUUUUACUUGGAACGUCAUCCUCGGAAAACAGCCAGCCUGCUCACCUGCACGAGCUGCUGUGCUCCCUGCAGAAACAGCUUCUGGCAUACUGUCACAGCAGCAGCGUGGGCGAGAACUCAAGUAGUGUAGCGCUCCUGCACAAGCAUCUCCAGCUUCUGCUGCCUCAUGCUACGGAUAUCUAUUCCCGCUCUGCUGCGCUGCUGAAGGAGAGUCCUUGGAAUGGUAGCGUUGGGGAAAAGCUGCGAGAUGUAAUUUACGUGUCUGCCGCAGGAAGCAUGCUUUGCCAGAUUGUGAAUUCCCUGCUGUUGCUGCCCGUGUCAGUCGCGCAGCCUUUGCUGAGCUUCCUGCUGGAUCUGCUGCCCCCUCUGGACUGCCUCAAUCGGUUGCUGCCAGCUGCUGUACUUCUAGAAGACCAGGAGCUGCAGUGGCCUCUUCAUGGUGGAACCGAGCUGGUGGAUCCCGCUGGCGUGCCCUUGCCCCAGCCUGCCCAGUCCUGGGUGUGGCUGGUCGACCUUGAGAGAACUGUGGCUCUGUUGAUUGGACGCUGCCUGGGAGGGAUGCUUCAGGGGUCUCCAGUGUCUCCCGAGGAGCAAGACACCGCUUUCUGGUUGAAAACACCCCUGUUCAGUGAUGGAGUUGAAAUGGAUAUUCCACAAUUAGAUAAGUCCAUGAGCUCUCUGUUGGAAGUGGCACUCUCUGGAAAUGAAGAACAGAAGCCGUUUGAUUACAGGUUGCGCCCGGAAAUCUCAGUCUUUGUAGAUUUGGCCUUGGGGUGUGCAAAGGAGCCUGCGCGCAGCCUCUGGAUCAGCCUGCAGGACUAUGCCGUCAGCAAAGAUUGGGACAGUGCAACCUUAAGUAGUGAGUCGCUUUUGGAUACUGUUUCUAGAUUUGUUCUUGCUGCCCUCCUGAAACACACAAAUUUACUCAGUCAAGCAAGUGGUGAGAGCAGGUACCAGCCUGGCAAAGCAUUAGUGGAAGUGUAUCGGUGUGUAUAUAAAGUUCGGAGCCGUUUGCUUGCUUGCAAGAACAUGGAACUUAUUCAGACCAGGUCGUCCUCAAGAGACAGAUGGAUGUUAGAAAAUCCAGAAUCUUUAGACAUGGAUGCCCAAGAAAACUCAUUUACCCGGACCAUUGAUGAAGAAGCAGAGAUGGAAGAGCAGGCAGAGAGAGAGAGAGAGGAGGGCCAUCCCGAGCAAGAAGAGGAGGAGGACGAAAGAGAACAUGAAGUUAUGACAGCUGGCAAAAUAUUUCAAUGUUUUCUAUCAGCCCGUGAAGUAGCUCGCAGUCGGGAUCGAGAGCGAAUAAAUGGUGGGACAGGGGCUCGACUUGACGACCAGGCCCCACAGUCCCAGCAGGAACGCCGGAUCAGCAGAGACCUUCCCGAGGGACAGGAUGUGUACACGGCCGCGUGCAACUCCGUGAUCCAUAGGUGUGCCUUGCUGAUCUUGGGAGUCAGUCCCGUUGUUGAAGAGCUGCAGAAGCGAAGGGAGGAAGGGCAGCUGCAGCAGCCUUCGAGCGGCACCCCGGAAGGAAUCGGGUGCAUGACCAGAAGUGAAAGUCUGACUGCAGACAGUCGCUCGGUCCAUUCCCCAUCGAGCUACAAAUUGAUAAAAUCAAGGAGUGAAUCUGACCUGUCUCAACCCGAAUCGGAUGAAGAAGGUUACUCACUGAAUGGAAGACGAAAUGUGGAUUUGGACUUGGCAUCAUCCCAUAAAAAGAGGGGAGCAGCUCACAGCCCAAUUGAUGCGCUCAGUGAUUCAUGGACUCGGCUGAAACACAGAGAUUGGCUGUAUAGCUCUUCUUGCUUGUUUGGAGAGUCUGAAUUUGAUUUCACAAAAACUGUUGGCAUUCACACACUGAUUGAGAACAUUAUUAGUUUUGUGAGUGGGGAUGUGGGGAGCUCCCCGGGCUUUAAGGAGCCCGAAGAAAGUAUGUCAACAAGUCCCCAGGCCUACAUCGUUGCCAUGGAGCAGCAGCAGCAGAGAGCAGAGCUGCGCUUGGAGGCGCUUCAUCAGAUCCUGGUCCUGCUUUCUGGGAUGGAAGAAAAAGGCAGCACUCCAUCUGCAGGAAGUCGCCAAGGGCUGGGGUUUCAGUCCUCCUCCCUUCUCACCUCGGUGAGACUGCAAUUCCUAGCUGGAUGCUUUGGCUUGAGUACUGUAGGGCAUGCAGGCUCCAAAGGAGAAAGCAUCCGCUUGCAUCAUUAUCAGGAUGGCAUCAGGGCUGCUAAGAGAAACAUUCAGACAGAAAUUCAAAUGGCUGUGCAUAAAAUUUAUCAGCAGUUAUCUGCGACUUUGGAAAGAGCCCUCCAAGCAAAUAAGCAUCACAUAGAGGCACAACAGCGUCUCUUGCUGGUAACCGUGUUUGCCCUGAGCGUACACUACCAGCCAGUCGAUGUGUCCUUGGCUAUCUCCACCGGGUUGUUAAAUGUCCUGUCCCAGCUGUGCGGAACAGACACCAUGCUUGGGCAGCCGCUGCAGCUGUUACCCAAAAGUGGCAUUUCCCUGCUCAGCACCGCUUUAAAAGUGGCCAGUACUCGAUUACUUCAGAUCCUUGCGAUCACCACUGGAACCUAUGCAGAUAAACUGAGUCCAAAAGUGGUCCAGGCCUUGCUGGAUCUGCUGUGUAGUCAGCUGAAAAAUUUGUUAUCGCAAGCUGGCGUGAUGCGCAUGGCUUCCUUUGGGGAAAAAGAAGAUGGUGAGCAGGAGGAACAGGAGGAUGAAAAGAAGGCCGAGACAAAUGGUGACAGUGAGAGGAAAGACUUCAAAGUGGCCCUCCGGAAACAGCAUGCUGCGGAAUUACAUCUAGGAGAUUUCUUAGUUUUUCUUCGAAGGGUUGUUUCUUCAAAAGCUAUUCAGUCAAAAAUGGCCUCUCCAAAGUGGACAGAGGUGCUGCUGAACAUUGCUUCUCAGAAGUGCUGCUCAGGUGUCCCUUUGGUUGGCAACUUGAGGACCCGGCUGCUCGCACUACAUGUGCUGGAAGCUGUGCUGCCCGCUUGCGAAUCGGGGGUGGAAGAUGACCAGAUGGCUCAGGUUAUUGAACGAUUAUUCUCCCUUCUGUCUGACUGUAUGUGGGAGAGUCCAGUUGCACAAGCCAAGCAUGUGCUCCAGGUCAAAGAGAAGGAACAGGAAAUGAAGCUGCAGAAACAGGGUGAAUCUGAGGAAGAGGAUGAGAAUCUUCCUAUUCAAGAGGUAUCCUUUGACCCCGAGAAGGCGCAGUGCUGCAUCGUGGAGAAUGGCCAGAUCUUAACUCAUGGCAGCGGUGGAAAGGGGUACGGGCUGGCCUCCACUGGAGUCACUUCUGGGUGCUACCAAUGGAAGUUCUAUAUUGUGAAGGAAAAUCGAGGCAACGAAGGCACGUGCGUGGGAGUGUCCCGCUGGCCAGUCCAUGAUUUUAACCAUCGCACCACCUCGGACAUGUGGCUUUACAGAGCCUACAGCGGCAACCUCUACCAUAACGGGGAGCAGACGCUAACGCUGACCAGCUUCACCCAAGGGGACUUCAUCACGUGUGUGCUGGAUAUGGAAGCCAGGACCAUUUCCUUCGGUAAAAACGGAGAGGAGCCAAAACUGGCUUUUGAAGAUGUGGAUGCGGCUGAAUUAUACCCUUGUGUGAUGUUUUAUAGCAGUAAUCCUGGAGAAAAGGUCAAAAUCUGUGACAUGCAGAUGCGUGGCACGCCGAGGGACUUGCUGCCGGGGGACCCCAUCUGCAGUCCUGCUGCGGCGGUGCUUUCCGAGGCCACGAUUCAGCUGAUCCGCAUCCUGCACCGAGCGGACCGGUGGACCCACUGCAUCAACAAGAAGAUGAUGGAGCGGCUGCACAAGAUCAAGCCGUGCCUUAAAGAAGCAGGUCAGAAGCUGAAGAAGAGCCGCUCCGUUCAAAGCAGAGAGGAGAACGACGUGCGGGAGGAGAAGGAGAGCAAGGAAGAGGAGAAGGGCAAGCACGGCAGCCGGCACGGGCUGGCUGAUCUUUCGGAGCUGCAGCUGAAGAUGCUCUGCGUGGAGGUGUGGCCCGUGUUGGCUGUGAUCGGUGGCGUUGACGCGGGGCUCCGCGUGGGAGGCCGUUGCGUUCACAAGCAGACGGGGCGCCACGCCACCUUACUUGGCGUGGUCAAGGAAGGGAGCACGUCCGCCAAAGUCCAGUGGGAUGAAGCCGAGAUCACAAUCAGCUUCCCAACUUUUUGGUCGCCUAGUGAUACGCCAUUGUAUAAUCUGGAACCUUGUGAACCGCUGCCUUUUGACGUUGCAAGAUUCCGCGGACUGACAGCCUCUGUAUUGCUGGACUUAGCCUAUCUAACUGGCAUCCAUGAAGACGCAGGAAAGCAAAGUGCCAAGCGACACGAGAAGAAACACAGACAUGACUCUGAAGACAAGGGAGACAUGGACCAGAAACCAGAAGGCGACUCUGCAUCAGACUUGCGAUCGGUGCCAAGUGCUGAGGAGGUCAAAGGGGCAGCGAGUUUAAAAUUAGAACAUGAAGCCACUUCUUUUUCUUUAGACUCUGUUUCCUUCGGAAUGGAAUGCCAGUAUCCAAAUGCUGAGGGCAAAAGAAAGAAUCAUGAGCAUACCUCCAAAAAUCACGACAUUGUGCAAUCAGAAAUCAGAGCUGUACAGCUAUCGUAUCUUUACCUUGGCGCCAUGAAAUCACUUAGCACGCUCCUGAGCUGCAGUAAAUACACCGAGUUGUUACUAAUACCCAAAGUCCUGGCUGAUAGUGGCCAUAACUCUGAUUGUGCGAGUUCCCCCGUUGUUCACGAAGAUGUGGAAAUGCGUGCUGCCCUGCAGCUCUUGAUGCGCCACAUGGUGAAACGGGCGGUCAUGCGCUCGCCCAUCAAGAGGGCACUGGGACUGGCCGAUUUGGAACGGGCACAAGCAAUGAUCUACAAAUUGGUGCUUCAUGGGCUGUUGGAGGACCAGUGUGGUAGCAAAAUUAAGCAAGAAAUGGAUCAGCAGGGAGAAGAAAGUGAUCAAGCCCAGCAGGCCCAGACGCCUGUGACGACGAGCCCUUCUGCCUCCAGCACCACCUCCUUCAUGAGCAGCUCCCUGGAAGAUACGACGACCGCCACCACUCCAGUAACCGACACAGAAACUGUGCCUGCCUCCGAGUCCCCCGGCGUCUUGCCUCUUAGCCUGCUUAGGCAAAUGUUCUCCAGUUACCCAACGACCACUGUCUUUCCAACCAGACGUGCACAGACGCCUCCGAUAUCAUCUUUGCCAACAUCUCCAUCUGACGAAGUGGGCAGGAGACAGUCGCUCACCUCUCCAGACUCUCAGUCUGCAAGGCCCGCCAAUCGCACAGCUUUGUCUGACCCAAGCAGUCGCCUUUCGACUUCCCCUCCUCCACCUGCUAUCGCUGUGCCAUUACUAGAAAUGGGUUUUUCCCUUCGGCAGAUUGCAAAAGCGAUGGAAGCCACAGGAGCAAGAGGAGAGGCAGAUGCUCAGAACAUUACGGUCCUGGCAAUGUGGAUGAUAGAACAUCCUGGGAAUGAGGAAGAUGAAGAGCCCCAGCUGGAAGAAACCACUGAUUCCCGCCAUGGAACCAUGGUCUCUGGGGGCAGUGGGAAGUCAGGUGAUCAGUGCUAUUUACCCUCUCCGGGAGACAUUCCCUCAGCUGAUGCCACUGAAACGGAAGAAGGCUUUAGUGAAAGUCACGACAAUAUGGACCAAGCAGAAAAUGCAGCAUCUGGAAGUGGACCCGCUUCUAGAAGUCGCUCAGCAGUAACCAGGAGACACAAAUUUGAUUUAGCUGCCCGGACGUUGUUGGCACGUGCUGCGGGAUUGUACCGCUCCGUACAGGCACAUAGGAAUCAGAGCCGGAGAGAAGGGAUCUCUCUGCCCCAAGACCCUGGAGCAUUAUACGACUUCAACUUGGAUGAGGAGUUAGAAAUCGACCUGGACGAUGAAGCCAUGGAAGCCAUGUUUGGGCAGGAUCUAGCCAGUGACAAUGACAUUCUGGGAAUGUGGAUCCCAGAGGUAUUGGAUUGGCCUACCUGGCAUGUCUGUGAAUCUGAAGACCGGGAAGAAGUUGUCGUAUGCGAGUUGUGUGAGUCCAGUGUGGUCAGCUUCAAUCAGCACAUGAAAAGAAACCACCCUGGCUGUGGGCGUAGCACCAAUCGGCAGGGCUAUCGCAGCAACGGCUCCUACGUGGAUGGGUGGUUUGGUGGCGAGUGUGGAAGUGGGAACCCUUACUACCUCUUGUGUGGCAGCUGCCGAGAAAAGUACUUGACUUUGAAGAGCAAAUCGAAGACGUCUGCCUCGGAAAGAUGUAAAGGGCAAGCUCCUGAUCUAAUAGGAAAGCAAGACAGUGUUUAUGAAGAAGACUGGGACAUGCUGGAUGUUGACGAGGACGAAAAGUUGACGGGUGAAGAGGAAUUUGAACUUCUGGCUGGACCCCUCGGGUUGAAUGACCGCCGCAUCGUGCCUGAGCCUGUUGAGUUUCCGGAUAGCGAUCCCCUAGGAGCCUCUGUUGCCAUGGUCACGGCCACCAACAGCAUGGAGGAGACUCUGAUGCAAAUAGGUUGCCACGGCUCCAUAGAGAAAAGCUCUUCCGGCAGGAUCACCCUGGGAGAACAGGCCGCCGCCUUGGUAAAUCCGCACGACCGUGUUAUGGCACUCAGGAGGGUGACAGCAGCCGCUCAAGUCCUCCUGGCAAGAACCAUGGUGAUGAGAGCCCUCUCGCUACUUUCCGUCAGUGGAUCCAGCUGCAGUCUUGCGGCAGGGCUCGAGUCCCUGGGCUUAACUGAUAUCCGGACCUUGGUCCGACUGAUGUGCCUGGCUGCAGCGGGGAGAGCUGGCCUCUCCACAAGCCCCUGUACUGUCUCCGGCUCUUCAGAAAGAUCUCGGGGUGUGCACAGCAAGAUGAGCAAGCCCAUUUCCUGCUUGGCUUAUCUGAGCACGGCCGUUGGCUGCCUGGCUUCAAAUACUCCAAGCGCUGCAAAGCUGCUGGUUCAGCUCUGUACCCAGAAUUUAAUUUCAGCAGCGACUGGUGUGAAUUUGACUACAGUGGAUGAUCCAGUGCAGAGAAAAUUCUUGCCAAGCUUUCUGCGCGGAAUAGCAGAGGAGAACAAACUUGUAACCUCUCCCAACUUCGUUGUGACUCAGGCACUUGUAGCCUUGUUGGCAGACAAGGGAGCCAAACUGAGGCCAAACUAUGAUAAAGCGGAAGUUGAAAAGAAAGCAGUUCUAGUUGCCCAUGUGUAUGCCCACCCUUCCUAUGAUCCUUCUGCUGUAGGCCCUCUGGAGCUGGCUAAUGCACUAGCAGCUUCCUGCCUUUCUUCAAGGUUAUCCUCGCAACACAGGCAGUGGGCCGCCCAGCAGCUGGUGCGAACCCUGGCAGCUCACGACCGAGACAACCAAGCCAGCCCCCAGACCUUUGCCGACAUGGGAGGGGACCUGCGCAAGUGCUCCUUCAUCAAGCUGGAGGCCCAUCAGAACAGGGUAAUAACCUGUGUGUGGUGCAACAGAAAAGGGCUGUUGGCAACAAGCGGCAGCGAUGGAACGAUCCGCGUCUGGAGCGUUACGAAGAAGCAGUACUCACUGCAGCAGACGUGCAUUUUCAGCAAACUGGAAGGUGAGGCAGAGGAGAACUUGGGGUCACCCAGCGAUCCCAGCUUGUCUCUUGCCUGUUGGAGCGUCAGCGGCAAGUACCUGGCUGGAGCCCUGGAGAAGAUGGUGAACGUCUGGCAAGUCAAUGGAGGAAAAGCGCUCGUGGAUGUUCAGCCCCACUGGGUGUCUGCUCUCACAUGGCCAGAAGAAGGACCAACUGCAACCUGGGCAGGAGAGACUCCAGAAUUGCUCCUUGUAGGCCGUAUGGAUGGCUCUCUUGGGCUGAUUGAAGUUUUGGACGUUUCCACCAUGCGCAGAGUUGAACUGGAGCACUGCUACCGAAAGGAUGUGUCUGUUACCUGCCUUGCCUGGUUUAGUGAAGACAAACCUUUUGCGGUCGGCUAUUUGGAUGGGAAGCUGCUCAUAGGCAUGAAAGAGCCACUUGAGAAAGGAGGGAUCAUUUUAGUCGAUGCUCACAAGGACACCAUUGUUAGCAUGAAAUGGGAUCCAACUGGAAAGAUUCUCAUGACGUGCGCCAAGGAAGAGUUGGUCAAGCUGUGGGGACACAUGGGGGGCUGCUGGCGGCAUUUGUACUCGCUCCCCCACCAGGCAGCUGUGAAUGCCAUCGCCUGGUGCAGUCUUCCGGGGGAAGGCCCAAAGCCACAGCUCUUGCUGGCGACAGGCUGCCAGAAUGGUUUGCUGUGUGUCUGGACCGUUCCCCAAGAUGAGCUGAUCUUACUUCAGUCCAGCCUAAGUUGUUCGGAAGGAUGGUGGGACGAGGAAGCCAGUGGCAAGGAUGCCUACAGGAGAGCAGGAGAAACCAAGUGCAUUUACCAGUUGAAGGGGCAUAUCACCCCCAUUCGGACGGUGGCCUUCAGUUCCGAUGGACUGACAUUGGUAUCGGGGGGACUUGGAGGGCUUAUGAACAUCUGGUCUCUCCGGGAUGGCUCUGUUUUACAGAGCGUUGUGAUAGGCUCUGGAGCUAUUCAGACUACCGUAUGGAUCCCUGAAGUUGGAGUAGCUGCCUGUUCUAGUAGAUCAAAGGACGUGCUGGUGGUGAAUUGCACGUCGGAAUGGAUUUCUUCCAACCACGUCCUCGCAACGUGUCGGACUGCUUUGAAGCAGCAGGGGAUUGUGGGCCUUCACGUGGCCCCGUGCAUGAGGGCUUUCCUAGAGCGCCUGCCCAUAAUGCUGCAGGAGCAGUAUGCGUACGAGAAGCCCUACGUCGUCUGCGGAGACCAGCUCGUCCACAGCCCGUACAUGCAGUGCCUGGCGUCGCUCGCCGUGGGCCUUCACCUGGACCAGCUGCUGUGCAGUCCGCCCGCCCCACCUCAUCACCAGAGCGGCCUCCUUGACCCGUCGACCUGGAACCCCAUGGAGUGGGCCUGGCUGGAAUGCUUCUCGACAACCGUCAAGGCGGCCGAAGCGCUGGCCAAGGGAGCCCCCUUCCCAGACUCCUUCACAGUUCCGGACCUGGAGCCCGUCCCGGAGGAUGAGCUUGCCCUGCUGAUGGACAACGGGAAAUGGAUCAGUGGCGUGGACGAGCAGAUUAUGUCCUGGGCUACCUCACGGCCUGAGGACUGGCACCUUGGUGGGAAAUGCGAUGUGUUCCUGUGGGGAGCAGGGAGGCAUGGGCAGCUGGCCGAGGCUGGGAGGAACAUCCUGGUGCCCGUCCCCGCGUCGUCCUUCUCACAAGCUCAGCAGGUAAUUUGUGGCCAAAACUGCACUUUUGUGAUUCAAGCUAAUGGGACUGUUUUGGCGUGUGGAGAAGGGAGUUACGGUCGGUUGGGACAAGGAAACUCAGAUGAUCUUCAUGUGCUCACUGUUAUUUCAGCACUGCAAGGCUUCGUCGUAACCCAGCUGGUGACGUCGUGUGGGUCUGACGGGCACUCCAUGGCGCUGACCGAGAGUGGCGAAGUGUUCAGCUGGGGGGAUGGAGACUACGGCAAGCUGGGCCACGGCAACAGCGACCGGCAGCGCCGACCGAGGCAGAUCGAGGCUCUGCAAGGGGAGGAAGUGGUGCAGAUGUCUUGUGGCUUCAAGCACUCGGCAGUGGUGACUGCAGAUGGCAAGCUGUUUACCUUUGGCAAUGGUGACUACGGCCGCCUGGGACUCGGAAACACCUCCAACAAGAAGCUUCCCGAAAGAGUGACGGCGCUGGAGGGCUACCAGAUUGGAGAGGUUGCUUGCGGACUGAACCACACCAUAGUUGUGUCCACGGAUGGCUCCAUGGUUUGGGCAUUUGGCGAUGGAGACUAUGGGAAGCUGGGCUUGGGAAACUCCACCGCAAAGUCCUCACCCCAGAAAGUAGAUAUCCUUUGUGGAAUUGGAAUCAAAAAAGUUGCAUGUGGAACCCAGUUUUCAGUUGCUUUGACGAAAGAUGGACACGUGUAUACAUUUGGGCAGGACCGGCUGAUCGGCCUGCCCGAGGGGAGAGCCCGCAACCACAACCGGCCGCAGCAAGUUCCGGCCUUGUCUGGAGUCUCCGUUGAAGACGUGGCUGUGGGAGCAGAGCACACCCUCGCCCUGACCUCCUCGGGGGACGUGUACGCCUGGGGGAGCAACUCAGAAGGGCAGCUUGGACUGGGCCACACCAACCAUGUUCGAGAGCCGACCCUAAUUACUUUCCUGCAAGGGAAAAGCAUCCGGCAGAUCUCAGCGGGACGAUGCCACAGCGCAGCGUGGACGGCGCCACCCGUUCCCCCGCGAGCGCCAGGUGUGUCGGUGCCGCUGCAGCUUGGCUUGCCAGAUACCCUCCCGCCUCAGUACAGCACCCUGAAGGAAGUGAGCAUCCACACGGUCCGGGCGAGGCUCCGGCUGCUGUACCAUUUUUCGGAUCUCAUGUAUUCCUCGUGGAGGCUGCUGAACCUCAGUCCCAACAGCCAGAACAGCACGUCCCACUACAAUGCGGGCACCUGGGGCAUUGUCCAAGGGCAGCUGCGGCCGCUGCUGGCACCGAGGGUCUACACGCUCCCCAUGGUUCGCUCCAUAGGGAAGACCAUGGUGCAGGGGAAGAACUACGGGCCGCAGAUAACAGUCAAGAGGAUCUCCACCAGAGGUCGGAAAUGUAAGCCUAUUUUUGUUCAAAUUGCAAGACAAGUGGUGAAGCUGAAUGCAUCAGACCUUCGUCUGCCUUCUCGUGCCUGGAAAGUGAAAUUGGUGGGAGAGGGCGCUGAUGAUGCCGGGGGCGUCUUUGACGACACCAUUACAGAGAUGUGCCAGGAGCUUGAAACUGGCGUCGUCGACCUCCUGAUUCCUUCCCCAAAUGCAACGGCUGAAGUCGGCUACAACAGAGACAGGUUCCUCUUCAACCCUUCCGCCUGCUUAGACGAGCACCUGAUGCAGUUCAAGUUCCUGGGCAUUCUGAUGGGGGUGGCCAUCCGCACCAAGAAGCCCCUCGACCUCCACUUGGCCCCCAUGGUCUGGAAGCAGCUCUGCUGCAUCCCUCUCACUCUGGAAGACCUAGAAGAGGUGGAUCUUCUCUAUGUGCAAACCCUGAACAGCAUUCUUCACAUUGAAGACAGCGGGAUUACAGAGGAGAAUUUCCACGAGAUGAUUCCUCUAGAUUCUUUCGUUGGCCAGAGUGCAGAUGGGAAGAUGGUUCCCAUAAUCCCUGGUGGGAACAGCAUCCCACUCACCUUUUCAAACCGGAAGGAAUAUGUGGAAAGAGCCAUCGAGUACCGACUCCACGAGAUAGACCGCCAGGUGGCUGCUGUGCGCGAGGGGAUGUCGUGGAUUGUCCCGGUGCCGCUGCUCUCCCUGCUCACCGCCAAGCAGCUGGAGCAGAUGGUCUGCGGGAUGCCAGAGAUCUCCGUCGACGUCCUGAAGAAGGUUGUACGGUACCGGGAGGUGGAUGAGCAGCACCAGCUGGUCCAGUGGUUCUGGCACACUCUCGAGGAGUUUUCCAACGAGGAGCGUGUCCUUUUCAUGAGAUUUGUCUCGGGAAGAACUCGCCUGCCAGCCAACACAGCUGAUAUCUCUCAGCGUUUCCAAAUAAUGAAGGUCGAUAGGCCUUACGACAGCUUGCCUACCUCACAGACGUGUUUCUUUCAGCUGAGGCUCCCCCCCUACUCCAGCCAGCUAAUCAUGGCCGAGCGCUUGCGCUAUGCAAUCAACAACUGCAGGUCUAUUGAUAUGGACAAUUACAUGCUGUCCCGAAACGUGGACAAUGCCGAGGGCUCGGACACAGAUUAUUAACUCUGUGGCCGGUGAUCAUCUUCCUUUCUCAGAUCGUGCCCGAUGUCAGACUUCCAUGUUGACACCACUGUAUGGUAACCACAGACGUUUUAGAAACAUAAAACAGUGGCCACCUUUUUAGUUACUCUAAAUGUAACAGAACUUAGGUGUGUUUAUUUUUUGUGACUGUAAACAAAAAUACAAAAAAGUGAGAACAGUAAGGUAUUUUUUUUUUCCCUUUCCCCCCCAAUUUUUUGUUCACUUUUGAUAAGUUUGCAUGGAGCCUUUCCGGUACAUUUUUUGUUGGGAAUGGUACACUGAUAAGCCCUCCCAGUGAACAUGAAGAGUUGUACAUUGUGUAUAAUUGUUCAUUAGAAAGGACAGCUUUACAUGAAUAUUCAUAUAUUUAUUUUUGUUUUAAUUUGAAAUGCCUGUGCAGGGUUCCUUAUGCAGAGAAAAUAAAGCAAAUUCAAGAACUGA